AUGGACGAGGACCCAUUCGUGAAAAUUUUCACUUUUCUUUCCGUAAACUAUAUUUAUUUUGAACUUGCUCCAGCAUGUAUUGGAGUUAUUCUUAAUGUAUUUCAGUUUUUCAUUUUUACAAGAAAAUCAAUGAGAACUAGUAGUAUUAAUUGUAUAAUGAUUGGAAUCUCAAUUUGUGAUCUAUUGACAAUGCUAUGUAUUCUGUAUAAUAGUAUCACAAUUUUCUUGAUAUCUGAUGUAGAGUGCACAAACUCCACGACAUUCAUUAAAACUCUGAUUAGUGUACUUGUAUUGGCAAUCGGAGAAUGUUCACGUCGGCUGUCUACGUUACUUGGAAUCUUACUUGGAUCUAUUCGGCUUCUCAUUGUGAAAAGCACAAUAAAUCCAAAAUUAAAUCAUUCUUCAACGCAAAUAUUUGGAAUUAAAAUAUCAUUUUUUUGCCCUUUUCAUAACCGUACUAAUCUCUGCUUUUUAUUUUGGAAGAGCUCGAAUUGUCGCGAUAAACCCUGGAUACCUGCUGAUCACUGCCCAAAUUUCCCUAAAAACUAUUCGGAGGUUCAGUAUCUGCUAGAUUUGAGAGAUCUUGUAAUUUUAAGUGCUGACCAAGCUUUCCAAUUUUAUUUAGUUACAGACGGAACAUUGAAGGUACUCGCUGCAAUUAUUCCCGGUUUGACAGUUUUCCUAGUGAUUGAACUAAAAAUGGCUAGGAAAAAAAUCAGUAUGGCUCAACUAAGAAAUCCUAAUGAAAAAAGUAAAACCGAUCGGACUACAUUUCUUGUCACUUUAAUGACAACAACAUUUAUGCUUGCUGAUGGACCACUCGGAGCCAUAACUGUUGUCCAAGGAAUCCUUAUUAAUCAGGAGGUUUUUGAACCAUUAACAAUAAUCACAACGGUGUUAUCACUUCUCAAAAUAUUUGUAACAUUCAAUUCUCUUAUCCAGUGCCUUAUUUCUCUCGCAGUUUCUAACUAUCGAGAAACUGUUAAGACAUUUUUCUGCUGCAAAAAAGAGGAUACAAAUACAAUUUUCAAGUCAUCGCGAGUGAGUCGCACUGGAGCAAGUGGACAAGCUCGUCAGAAAAAUUCUAAUUAA